GUGAGUUAACCAGGCAUGGGAUAGCAUGUUUCCGAGGUGAACUGUAUCUAGGAACCUACACUUGGUGCGGUCAAAAACUUGAGAUAUUACGACAAGGCAAUUAAUCGCGGAAGAGAUCGAGUGUGUUGUCAUCAUAAAUUUGCGAAUGGGCCUUUUAUCAAGCCCUUUGACCGUCUGGCAGCUACUUCUUGUUGUUGGCUUCGAAACCAAGUGUAUUAUCUGAUUGUGUUGAACUCGAAGCAUUUCGCUCCUAUCGCUUUCCAUGAGAUCAAAGCGAGUUCAAUGUCCACUAUUAUGUGGUGUUUGUGAUGGAACGAAGUGACCAACCACCAUUACAAAAGACAACAACAACCAAUUUUGCCACCCAGACUUAACGAGGAGGACCAAGCGAGAAGACCUGGAAUGGGUGAAAGUUUCCGCUUCAUCAUCGCCAGGAUCACCAUCCCCGCCAACCCCAUUACCAUUAGGGUUUCCUAACCAGAUCUCGAAACGGGAGAGAAACGAUAGAGCACCUACAUCACGUACCAACUAGCCACUCAUUCAUGAUCCAUUUGUCUAGAGGAAGGAGAGAACAGAGAGGGGGAGGGCGAGGAGGAAAAGGAUUCGGAGUCGAUCGCAAUCAAUGCAUACAAUAGGUACAAAUGAGGGAGUUGCUAUGAAGAAACGUGUGACAAUGAAUAUGACGCCAGUGAUGGGGCACAAUCGUCCCUACCCAAGAUCCCCUCGAUCCAAAGUGAACUCCACCAAAGAAGAUCUGUCCUACAAUCAGGCAGAAGGACGGAACAAGUUCCUGCCCAAACGAGCCACUUAUGUCUUGUCCAUUCUGAAGCUGAUAUGCGGGUGUAGUCUGGUCGUGUUGGGGGCCUUGGCUCUCUACAUGAAGGCAUCUUACAGUCGCACGGCUUCGGGCGUUUGGGGCGGGAUCGUGGUGAUCAUAUCAGGCGUCCUGGGCACCUUCACGGCCAAAAUGAACGGGUUCCGCCCGUACGUGUUCUUUUUCUUCAUUUCGUGUGUGCUGGCCAUCAUCACGGACGUUCUAGUCACUAUUUAUGCGGCCACGGGCUUGGCCCGAGAUUCGGGCUAUCCUGGGGGAUUCAUUUUGGAUGAUUACACGGGUGAUCUGAUCCCUGUGAGUCAGGUCAACAUUCCGGCCAGAGAGAAGGCAAUGGUGGUUAACCUUCUCCUGAUUGUGAUGGGGGUAUUUGAAAUUCUUUUCACGUUACCUUGCUUUAUCAUUUGUCUUCGGGAGAUCUGCCAGUGCUACGAUGAGGAGUAUGUCUUGUCCAAACACAGAGAGGCCAAUGCCCAUCCGCUUCAGGCUAGUAAUGAAUGGCUUAUGUCGUGGUUGGGUCAUCAUCAGAACCAAGUCUUCUACAGUGCGUCCUCUGGAAUUCCGUAUCGGAAAAUUCAUCCCUAUCCAAUUUACAACCAAAGUCCUCCUCCGUAUGUUAUGGUCCAGUCUGACCAUUCACGUCAGGGUUCCAAUCGAAUACACCGCCAUUCACCGAGAGAUCAUCAGCCGCCUCCAGAUCGUUCAUCAUCUCAUGGCCAAGCUCGACCGCGUCGAACCACUUCUACACCGCGAUCAUCGGAUCGGAAGAGUGCUAUGCUUGCUCACUACACCCCUCUGGAGGUGUAUGCACCGCCUCCAACCCACUAUUAUUACGCCCCACCCCCGUCAUACCAUUCGCCGGGGUCCAACUUAUCCCAAAGAAGUCUGCCAGCUUUGGUUCCUGUUCACGCACCUUCAUCUCAUUCGCAAAUGGGUGUUCCACCCACUCACCAACCUCCUCCACACACUUGGUUCUACGGUAGUGCUCCCGAGGACUACGAGGCUUACUUAGAAGGACGGCCUUUCUCCCGACGAAAGCGAGCCAGGGAUCAAGAACCUUAUCCCAAAAUGGAGGCUGCGCGUAGGCAUCCACGGGUGCGAAGUUCGAGGGUUCCUCCGCCUAACGAGCCCUUUUCAGAGGAACAGAUGUACCGCAGAGUGAAGAAGAAGAAAAAUAAGAAUCUAGGACCGACGGAUUCGGACCUGGAUAAAACCUACACUGGUUUAGAUAGAGAGCUGGCUGAGGAAUUCAUUGAGCAAACAAUGGACCCGACCCUAGUGCUCAAUAGGUCUGGGAAUCUCCAGCAUAGUGUGAGGACCGCUCCAUCGACCGCUUCUUUGGCCGGGGGUGUUCCACAAGGGUCCACAGUGUCUGCUUCAAAUUCCCAAUUCAACCCCAGAAUGUCAACCUUCUCGGCCAAUGACUCGGAGGAGGCUUGGUGAACAUAAGCUGAUCUCAAUUGUUCCACCUCAAAUAAGAAAUUGGCUCUUUAUCCCGUUCCCAAUCAAACCUCUUCAGGAAGUAUUGUUUAAAAAAACGUUCCCAAACAACUUAUUUGUUGUAGUUGCUACCAACCAUUAAAAUAUACAUCCUUCUUGAAUGAUUGCACAGACUCGAUGCGUUUGUUUGCGCGGUUCUAUUUUCUCAUGACCUUCAAUGACGGAAGUGUAAUCAAAUGUUACCACCUUUGGUAUUGAGCAAGCUGCAAGGCCACCGGAGAAGUGGUUGCUGGACGGACACCAUGCAGGAGAUUUCUCGUGCUCGUGACAUUUUCAAAACCAGUAUCCUCUAUCCAAUCACAACCAUUCUGAUAUUGACUUGUUUUGUCCUGAUGUGUCACGACAUUUACAUAAUUUCGACGGUGAUAAUUCGACCUUCACCUUGCGGUGAAUACGUGAUGCCAAGGGAAUGCAAAAGGGUCCUGAUGAAACCGCGGACUAGGUC